AUGGCCACUAUCGAGAAGAACGAUCUAGGUGAUAGCAAGCUCGAGUAUGUUGAGGACCUCGAGAAGACCAACACCACCUGGGACGACAGACCAACUCUCGAUCCUGAGCUGGACAGACGUAUCACGCGUAGAUUUGACACACAUGUCGUUCCCUGGUUGUUUGGUCUUUGGCUUCUAGCUUUCAUCGAUCGUAGUAACAUUGGCAACGCUCGUAUUGAUGGCCUUGCUACCGAUCUCAAACUCAAUGGAGACACGUUCAACAUUGCAUUGGCUGUCUUCUACGUACCCUACAUCAUGGUCGAUGUCCCUUCCAACCUCGUCUUGAAAUACUUCCAGGCUGGCUACUACCUGCCAGGACUUAUUAUUGGAUGGGGUCUGGUCGGAAUGUGUAUGGGUUUCGUCAAGAGUUACACUGGGCUGAUUGUUACACGCUUCUUCUUAGGUCUGAUGGAAGGUGGUUUACUGGGUGGCAUGAUCAUCUACCUAGCAAUGUUCUACAAGCGACAUCAGUUGAUGUUCAGAAUCGGUCUGUUUUAUUGCGCGGCCCCUUUGUCGGGAGCUAUCGGUGGGCUGCUUGCUACUGGUCUUGCAAAGAUUCAUACUAGCGGAUACAAAGGGUGGCCAUUUAUCUUCUUCGUAGAGGGAGGCAUCACUGUACUCUUCGGUAUUCUCACCAUUUUCUUCUUGCCACACACGCCAGCCGAGUCGAAGUUCUUGACUGAAGAAGAGAAGGCUGGCGCUGCUUUGCGUAUGCAUCUAGACUCGCAUGGCUCUGACGCUGCUGACGACGUGAGAAACGAGACUUUCAGUUGGCAUUGGGUUCGCAUGGCCUUCUUGAACUGGAACACGGUCCUCCUCUCUUUGAACUUUUUCGCCAUCAUCACACCUAUCUACUCGUACUCGUUAUUCUUACCGACCAUCAUCAAGAGCUUAGGAUACAAGGCGGUACACGCCCAGCUGCUCACUGUGCCACCAAAUGUUGGAGCGUUCCUUAGCGUACUUCUUGUCACCUGGCUUUCGGACAAGUACCGUAUGCGAGGACCCUUCAUGCUGGCUGGCCUUACCAUAGCGAUUGGUGGAUACAUCAUGCUCAUCUCCAACAACCAUCACAAUAUUCAAUAUGGCGGGACCUUCCUAGUCGCUGCAGGAAUCUUCCCUUGCAGCCCUCUCGUCAUGGGAUGGCUGGCCAAUAACCUAGCUCCCCAUUAUGUGAGAGCGACGGGUACUGGGGCUCAGAUCAUGAUUGCGAACUGUGCUGCUUUCAUUGCCACAUUCACUUAUCUAUCGAAGGAUGCUCCCCGCUAUAUUACAGGACAUGCCAUCAACAUUGGUAUGCUGUGUUUGUCUUUGAUCAUUACCUCCUGUAUGUUGGUUUACUGCAGCUGGGAGAACAAGAAGAGAGCUGCCGGCAAGCGUGACUACAGAUUGUCAGAGGGAGAUGAGUCAAUGCUUGGCUACAAGCACCCUUCGUUCAGGUACACUUUAUAG